GAGUUGAACGCGGGGAUGGAGGAUAGUGUCAGCGUCUUUCCUCAGGCGCCUCACAGAAUCCGCAGUCUGCCAGGGCCGGGUGGCGUGGAAGGGGCCGUGGGAGUGACGGCGGCCCCCGGCCCGGUGAGGGUGGGCGGCGCCUCAGCGGGGGAGCGUGGAGGCGGGGAAGGGUGUCCCCCUCCGCGCCGUUAAAAUGAAACUAGUGACGGGAGUCCAGAGCAGAGCGUGAGGGACGCGGGCGCGGGCGGGCGUCUGUGCAGCCGGCGGCAGUCCCCCUGCCGAACGGAGCUCACUGACUGGACUCUCCAACGGGCCCCGAGCCCGAGCCCGAGGCUGCCGCAGCUUUGGGUCCGAGUCCGAACCCGCGGAGCCCGAGGCCGGCCCCUGAGGGGACCACUCUCUGCAGACCAGUGGGGACCCCGAAACUUGAAUGCACUACCCAGCCUCCUUUUUAUGCCUUCCUUUGUCACUUCUUCACCUUGCUCCCAGCAGGUUCUUUUUUUCCCCUUUUCUCUCUUCCUUCUUCAUUCACCGAAGGACACAAAAGUGGCUUCCGCGGGAAGAUUCGGAGGCGCUGGGAGCUCUCCCCUCUGAAGAGAGACCGUGUAGAAGGGAUUUUUUUUGGGAAGCCGCUGCUUAACCACCUUUGCCUCCCGGCCCCCCUCCGCCCAGCCUCCUUGUGCCUCCCCCCGCGGGGAGCAACGCCAGUCGAUUGGAAGUUCGGGGGCCUUUUGCUGGGUUCGGCAGAGGAGAGACGGGGAGGACCUCGUCCUCGUCCCGGUAGUUGCCUUGGACUUAAUACCGGCCAUUGGAAACGCUGAAGUCCAUUUCCGACGCGAUGUACAAUACGGUGUGGAGUAUGGACCGCGAUGACGCAGACUGGAGGGAGGUGAUGAUGCCCUAUUCGACAGAACUGAUAUUUUAUAUUGAAAUGGAUCCUCCAGCUCUUCCACCAAAGCCACCUAAGCCAAUGACUUCAGCUGUUACAAAUGGAAUGAAGGACAAUUCUGUUUCUCUUCAGGAUGCAGAAUGGUACUGGGGGGAUAUUUCAAGGGAGGAGGUAAAUGACAAAUUACGGGACAUGCCAGAUGGUACCUUCUUGGUCAGAGAUGCCUCAACAAAAAUGCAGGGAGAUUAUACUUUGACUUUGCGGAAAGGAGGCAAUAAUAAGUUAAUAAAGAUCUAUCACCGAGAUGGGAAAUAUGGCUUUUCUGAUCCUCUGACAUUUAAUUCUGUGGUGGAGCUCAUUAACCACUAUCAUCAUGAAUCUCUUGCUCAAUACAAUCCCAAACUUGAUGUGAAACUGAUGUACCCAGUGUCCAAAUACCAACAGGAUCAGUUGGUAAAAGAAGAUAACAUUGAUGCAGUCGGUAAAAAACUGCAGGAGUAUCAUUCUCAGUAUCAGGAAAAAAGUAAAGAGUAUGACAGACUAUAUGAAGAAUAUACCAGAACAUCCCAGGAAAUACAGAUGAAGCGGACGGCAAUUGAAGCUUUUAAUGAAACCAUUAAAAUUUUUGAAGAGCAAUGUCACACACAAGAACAGUAUCGCAAAGAAUAUAUUGAGCGAUUUCGCAGAGAGGGGAAUGAAAAGGAAAUUGAACGAAUUAUGAUGAAUUAUGACAAAUUGAAAUCCCGUCUGGGUGAGAUUCAUGAUAGCAAAAUGCGUCUAGAGCAAGAUUUGAAGAAACAAGCUUUGGACAACCGGGAAAUAGAUAAAAAAAUGAAUAGUAUCAAACCUGACCUGAUCCAGCUGCGCAAGAUCCGAGAUCAACAUCUUGUAUGGCUCAAUCACAAAGGAGUGAGACAGAAACGCCUAAAUGCCUGGCUGGGAAUCAAGAAUGAGGAUGCUGAUGAGACCUAUUUUAUCAAUGAGGAAGAUGAAAACCUGCCCCAUUAUGAUGAGAAAACCUGGUUUGUUGAGGAUAUCAAUCGAGUACAAGCAGAGGACUUGCUUUAUGGGAAGCCUGAUGGUGCAUUCUUAAUUCGUGAGAGUAGCAAGAAAGGAUGUUAUGCUUGCUCUGUGGUUGCCGACGGGGAAGUGAAGCACUGUGUCAUCUACAGCACUGCCCGGGGCUACGGCUUCGCAGAGCCCUACAACCUGUACAGCUCGCUGAAGGAGCUGGUGCUCCACUACCAGCAGACAUCCCUCGUCCAGCACAACGACUCCCUCAACGUCAGGCUCGCCUACCCUGUCCACGCACAGAUGCCCUCGUUCUGCAGAUAAAGUGGGAGUGGGAAGAGAGGUGGCUCUCUAGCAUUUUUCCCUACAGUUUUAUUAGACUAUGAGGGCAUUCUUUCUACGUAGACUGCUUGUUUUGCACAAGAAGUGAUUCUGUGAAUGUGAAGCGGAGAGGCCGAGCAGCAGCCGUCAGGAGAGGGUGUGAGGGGCCCACGGGGCUGCGGGACCCAGCUGUGCUGCUGCACUAGCAUAGGAAGCUGGAAGCAGAUGUGGUUUUUUUGGGAAGUCUGUUUCACUGGGGUUUUUAUUUUAUUUUUUAUUUUAGCCAAGCACCCUCAACAGAACCCAUUAGGCUUGAGGUGGUGAGGGGUUGUAUCUGGAAGCUUCUGCAGAGUCCAUGUCCUCUUUGGGUCUUCAACUCUGACAGUGUGGUGGGUGUGGCUGUGCGGGGAGUUCUGUUUGGAUCUGGCAGUCUCUCUGAACUUCCUCCCAGAGAAGGUUGUUUGGUUCUGUGGUAGAAAGGCAUUCGGUGAAAAAGAACCAAAGGAGAAUGGGAGGUUUGGGAUUUCCUCUACAGACUCCCAGUCAAGAGUAAAAACCCUUCAACGGAAGGUCCUGUGCUUCUUAGUUAACAUAACUUAGACAUCAGCGUCUCACAGCUCCUCCCUCUAAGAAAGCAUUGUUUAGAAACCAAAUUGAUCCCAGAAAAACAAUGUUUGUUAUAGGACUAAGAUCUGAUGGAAGAAGGCAGCACUCAUGUCUGAAUGCACACUUCUGUACCGAAACUUGAAA